GUCACCACCAUGGGGUUUCGGGGCGCGGUUUUGCUCCUUCUCUGUGUUUCUUUGGGCACGUGUGCCACCAUCGGCCACUACCAGACACAGUCUGACCAAGAGGAGGCUGCUGCUGCUGUUGCUGCUGCUGCUGGGACUGAAGCCCUUGCAGACGCGGCUAAAGAAGAUGCAGCUGCUGCACAUGAUUUCCCUGCAGCCGACGCUGGGUUCGGUGAGCGAGCGGAGGAAGCGCGGCCGGAAGCUCCCAGACGGGGACGAAGGUCCUCUGAGGAGCAGUGGAACGAGAUCGCGCCAGUCGAGGUGAACCGGUCGCUGGACGGGCCGCUGGUCGGCGGGUGGGGCCUCGACUCCAUCAGAAGUGGCUUCCAGAGCGUGCACGGAUACUUCGACUCGCUGGUGGAGCUGGUGGGAGGACGCAACGGCGUGUGCCAGUACCGCUGCAAAUACGGAGACCCCCCUGAGCCUCGCUCCGGCUACCAGACCCCAGAGCCCAACGGCUGCAGCUCCUCUCUGGUGGGAUUCCAGGUGAAUGCCGUUCUCGACCUGGGGAUCCCCGCCAUGACGCACUGCUGCAACCAGCUGGACGUCUGCUACGACACCUGCGGCUCAGACAAAUACAGCUGCGACGCCGCCUUUCGCUCGUGUCUGCACAGCAUCUGCUCCAACCUUAAGAGGAGCUUGGGCUUCGUCUCGAAGGUACAAGCCUGUGAGUCGAUGGCCGACGCCCUCUACAACACGGUGUGGACUCUGGGCUGCAGGCCGUACAUGAACGGGCAGCGGGCGGCGUGCGUCUGCAGGGGGGAGGAGCGAGACGAGCUGUGACCCACGCCGGGGGACAACCCACGGACCGCACCUCGAUACUGCGUUUGAAAGGGAGAUACUUCAAAAAUGCCUUCAGAGCCUGGGAUUUAAAAUAAUUAAAAAAACCAAUGAGAAUCACAAAGGAGCGAUUUCAAAGGGUUUAUUGAUUGGCAGUACUAACAAAUAUGCAUCUGAGUAUGACUUUCAGAAUCUCAAUUGCUCAUGCAUAUUACACUCUCCAUACUCCAUUUAAUUUGGGCCAUUCUAAGGCCUCGAUGACUCCAUUAGCAUAAAUUACUCUGAUGACUCCAAACAAAGUGCCUGAUGGGAAGGAUAUUGUAGUUUUAGGAUUAAUUUCCUCCAGAUAGAAAGGCACAGGAUAAUUACUGUGGCGCACAUGGAUUGCUGUUGAUGCAGAAUAACAUUUAUCAAGCUUGUCUGCUCAAACCCUAAGUUAUGUAAAUGUAAUGCCGGUUACAACCACUAUGCUAAUGUUUUGUCUAAGUUAUUUUGUAGUUAUUGGAUAUUGUUAUGAAUAAAUGUAUGACUAAUUUCA